CUGGCGUGUAGCUCCGGACCCGGCAGGCGCAGCAAGCCAGAGGGAGCCGCCUCGCUCUUGCUGCCCCUCGUCGCCAGCCAGGUGCGCCCGGGCUGCUCGGGGCGGCGAUGACCGACACGUUGCUGCCUUCGGGCUGCCGGGCGGCGGAGAACCCGCGGGAUAGCUACUUCCGAAAGGGAUGUAACCCUCUUGCAGAGACAGGACGGAGCAGGCUGCAAAAUCAAAGAGCCGUCCUGAAUCAACAGAUAUUGAAGGCAGUGAGGAUGAGAGCUGGCGCUGAAAACCUUCUCCGAGCAACAACCAACAACAAAAUAAGAGAACAGGUCCUUCUGGAACUGAGUUAUGUCAACUCGGAUCUACAGAUCCUGAAGGAAGAGUUGGAAGGACUGAACAUCUCGGUUGAGGUCUAUCAGAACACAGAACAGGCGUUUAGCAUUCCCCUGAUACCCCUUGGCUUGAAAGAGACCAAAGAUGUUGACUUCGCAGUGCCCUUGAAGGAUUUCAUUCUGGAACACUACAGUGAAGAUGGUUCUGAAUAUGAAAAUGAAAUAGCAGAUCUGAUGGAUUUGCGACAAGCAUGCCGUACUCCUAGCAGAGAUGAGUCUGGAGUUGAGAUGCUGACGAGCUAUUUUCUUCAACUGGGUUUUGUGGAGAACAGAUUUUUUUCACCGAGCAGACCCCUGGGGAUUUUAUUUACUUGGUAUGAUUCUUUCACGGGAGUCCCCGUCUGCCAGAAGAAUUUGUUGCUUGAAAAAGCCAGUGUCUUGUUUAACAUAGGAGCUCUGUACACACAGAUUGGUACAAGAUGCAUCCGGCAGACGCAGGAAGGGCUCCAGAAGGCGAUUGACGCUUUCCAGAGAGCCGCAGGAGUUCUGAAUUAUCUAAAAGAGACUUUCACUCAUACUCCGAGCUACGACAUGAGCCCCGCCAUGUUGAGCGUGUUGGUCAAGAUGAUGAUCGCUCAAGCCCAGGAGUGCCUCUUUGAGCAGAUCUGCCUUCCUGGGAUACGGAAUGAAUUUUUCACACUAGUGAAGAUGGCCCAGGAAGUUGCUAAAGUUGGAGAAAUCUAUAUGCUCGUUAACACGGCGAUGAAUCAAGCACCAGUCAAGGAGAACAUCCCUUACUCUUGGUCAAAACUGGCCCAAGUCAAGUCGGACCACUUCAGGGCUUUGGCUCAUUACUUCAUUGCCACGAUUCUGAUUGACCACCAAUUGCGUCAGAAUGAUGAUGAAGACCAGCAGGAAAAAGCACUCUCCCAGCUCUACGACCACAUGCCAGAAGGCUUGACCCCUUUAGCCCUUUUGAGGGACAGAGGCCAGCGCAAACAACUGGGAAAAGCCCACUUGCAGAGGGCCAUCGUUUACCACGAAGAAGCCUUGCGGGCUUGCGGCUUGUGCAAAAAGCUUCGGAACAUAGAGGUCCUGCAGGAGAUUCUGUCCAUUGCGCACAAGCGUUCCUGCCUCAAAUAUUCACAGCAGGAACAGGAGGACGAUUUCUUGAGUUUGGUGCAGGCUCCUGAUAUCCUUCCUAAGACGGACCAUAAAAUAGAAAUGAUUCCUCCUCAGUUCUCCAAGGUGAAAGUCAAAGAUUUCUUUGAAAGGCUGGGCCCAUUGACAGUGUUUUCGGCAAAGCAGAGGUGGACGGCUCCUCGUGCUGUUAAUUUUUGCUGUCAAUCUGGAAAUCUGGGAUUCACUGUGAAAGGAGGCCCACCAGUACACAUCUAUGGUCUUGAUCCAUCUUGUCCCGCAGCCUUGGCUGGUUUGAAAGAAGGAGACUGUUUGGUUUCCAUUGGAGGUGUGGAUUGCAAAUGGCUUGGAGUGGGUGAAAUCUUGGAAAAGCUCAAAAACUUGAGAGGGCAGGAUAUUGAAAUCCAGGCUAUCAGCUGCCAAGAUGCAACAGCUUUGAUGUAUAACAAAAGCGCAACGUAUUCUGUGGGGAUGCAGAAAACCUACUCGUUGAUCUGCUUGGCCAUGGAAGAAGAUAAAAUAGACACGGCCAAAAAAGUGACUCCGAAGGUGUCCUUUCUGAGCUGGGGGACAAAGAACAGGAAGAAAGCGGCCAGCACCCUCUGCCUCCCCUCCGUCAUAUCUGGGAGCUCUUCAGCAAAAAAGAAACUCGCGUCACCCUUCACACUCCUGAACUUGGAAGGUUCAUUGUACUGAGACUGAAAAAGAUGGCUUCUUUGCCAUCUGGAAGUCUUUCCCCAAAAGUGCCAUAAAUCUGAAAUGUAGUGAUGUCGUUCUAGAAUAAUUUCACUCAGUGGCAUGCUGACUGAACUCUGGCCCAGUUUCUGCCAUCUAUAAAAACCCUGGGUUGUUGGAGAAGAAGAAAGCUGUUGGGAGAGCAUUGAGGACCCUGGGCAGAGAAGAAAUUGGCCUUACCUGCUACUGAAUUUCUCAGAGGUCUUUUCUCUCUCUCUCGAAGUAAUACUUUUGUAAGAACCUGUAAACAAAACUGUUUAUAGAAUAUUUCAUAUGCUACAGACUUGGGAUGGGGGGAGGGGGGUGGAGGGGAGAGGAACUAUGAAGGAUUUUUUUAAACUACAUCAAUGUCUAACUGUGUCAAUGAUGAGCAGUAACUUCAAUGAAGACAGACUGAAAGACAGGUGAACAUAGGAAAACUGUUUUGGCAAGUCUUGUGUGGGGCUGGUGCCUUAAGAUGGUGGAUAACCUUGUGAGGCUUAGCAGCCACUCACACACAGGCCUCAGCUAUGGAGACUGUGGGAGUUGAUCUCCCAGCUCUUUUUUCUCUCUAACCAUCAUGUGUGAUUCCAGUCAGGACCACAAAGAGAGGUGGCAUUUUAACCAUGCAAUCCUAAACCGAGUUACACCCUUCUGAGUCCACUGUGAAGUCAAUGGGUUUAGAAGGGUGUAAUUGUUUGUUUACUUCAUGUAUGUCCCCACCUCCCGUUUCUGCUCAGGCUGUGGCUGCGUUCGCAGAGUGCUUAAAGUUGCAAGCAGCUGAACCCUGAGGCGCAAUCAAACUCAACCGAAGCUGCCUUCAGAUAGUGCAAGGACUUUACAAAGGGUGGAUUAAUAAAUCUGCACUUGGAGAAAGCGGUCGCCUUGAUUGCCAUCUAAAUGUUGCAUGCAGAGCCACUUUUCCAUGGUUGCAUUGCACAAGACCUGUCAUUAUCUACCCCACCCACAUGAUUGUGAACCUUUAUAGCAGACAGCAGUACUGUGGGAUAGACACACACCAUUGGGAAGCAUCUUCCAUGGUGCUGUAGCCGAGUUCAAAGGAGAGCCUAUUAGCCCAACCUGAGAAGCUGCCCUAAUAUUUCAAGCUUCAGGUUCAGCGCAGUUGCACACUGGUGUGGUUCUUUACAGCUAAGCAACAACUAAUGUAAAUAAGGCAACUACUGGAGGCAUUUUAAAGCCAGGAAUCCUACUUUGGAAACUUGAUGGUAGGCUAUGUGAAUAUUUGUGGGGUGGGAGGAAUAGAGCAGUCUUCCACCAUCAACUUGAGAAAUACAUGCAUUAGAGCUCCCCUCAGUGGAUUGACAGAAAUCCUGGUCCAAAGAGCUUAUAGCACCAUUAAAUGCCCCCUUUAAAAGAAAGAAUUUAGGAAGAAGGACAUCAGAUAAUUCAGGAACUUAUGAUUUUUCUGUUAAGUUUUUCCUCUUUUUUUUUUUUUACAAAAAUAGUUAUUCUACUGUCUAUUCAUUUUAAAGCUGUGGGUUGCUAACACAGUAGUGUUAGUCUGAAAUAUUGUCUACAGGGUAGAUCUUAUAAUGUUUGAUACUCAAAACAUUUUAAGUGGGUGAAAUCCUAACUCUGCUGUAACUAAUGGGAAAGCUAUCCUUCUGGCUUCCAUAGAGUUGGGACUACUUCCCUUGAUGGAAUGUCAGAAGACAUUCCAAGUCAAAGUAUGGGCAAGGGACUGGGACUUUUUCCUUUUACAUCCAUCCAUGUGUCCAUUUAGGAUUUUGUGUUGAUAUGCAAUAGAUGUAAAUAUAUAAAUUUUAAAGUUUAUUUAAGAAUGAGUCCUGCAGCCAUCUUCUGGUGAGGAAUAACUUGGUCUCCCCCCACUCCGCAUUUUAAUACAAGCAAGAUGAAACAGCUUAUUCUUUUACUGUUGACAUUGCUUUAAAAUGUUGAUGUAAACUAACUUGCUCUAUUCUUACCCUUUUGUGAAAGGAGAAAUCCUAAACAGCCAUGUAUUCUUGUUGUUGUUGUGCAAUAUCUGAAUUAACACGAGAAUCUACCCUACACAUAAUAAAAAAAAUUGUAGCAA